AUGGCGCAAGUUGCCCCAGCUGCAGAUACAACCCAAAGACUCUUUCUCGAGCUCAAGUCCAAGAAUGAGGAUGUUCGGAAUAGAGCUGCUACCGAGCUUUACGACAAUAUCAUCGCAGCCUCUCGAGAGCUGCCUCAGGAUAAAUUUCUCGACCACUACAACUCUAUAAACCAGCGUAUUGCCCAGUUUAUCGUCACUGGAAAUGAUGCGAACGAAAAAAUCGGCGGUUUGCUUAUGCUCGACCGGCUGAUCGAGUUCGAUGGCGUGGACACAGCACAAAAGACCACCCGGUUUGCCAGCUAUCUACGAAGCGCUUUAAGGAGCAAUGAUAACUCGGUAUUGCUCUUCGCGGCAGGAUGUCUCGGACAUUUAGCCAAACCAGGUGGCGCGUUGACGGCAGAGUUGGUCGAGAGUGAGAUUCAGUCGGCGCUAGAAUGGCUGCAGACAGAACGCCAGGAGAACAGGCGUUUCGCGGCAGUGUUGGUUAUUCAAGAGCUCGCAAAGGGUUCUCCAACCUUGCUAUACGGGUUCAUUCCACAAGUCUUUGACCUCAUCUGGGUCGCACUGCGGGAUCCAAAAGUGGUUAUUCGGGAAACUGCCGCUGAUGCAGUUAGUGAGUGUUUUGAGAUAAUUGCCGCCAGAGAUAGCUUGGUUCGAUCACAGUGGUUCUCGAGGAUAUACGACGAGUCAUUGUUGGGCUUGCGGUCAAACAACGUGGACUGGAUUCACGGAUCUCUUCUUACACUAAAGGAGCUACUCCUGAAGGGGGCAAUGUUUAUGAAUGAACAUUACCAUAACACCUGCGAAAUAGUGCUGCGGCUGAAGGACCAUCGUGAUCCCAAGAUCCGCGCUCAGAUUGUGCUUACUAUACCCGUUCUUGCAUCUUACGCACCUCUCGAUUUUACAAAUACAUACCUCCAUAAAUUCAUGAUAUACCUUCAAGCACAACUGAAACGAGAUAAAGAACGAAAUACCGCCUUUGUUGCUAUUGGAAAGAUUGCGAGCGCUGUCGGUCACGCCAUCGGGCAAUUUCUGGAUGGAAUCAUCGUAUAUAUUCGUGACGGCCUUGCGCUGAAAGCACGGAAUCGUGCUGCCGUAAAUGAAGGCCCGAUGUUUGAGUGCAUCAGUAUGCUUUCACUGGCAGUUGGCCAAACGCUCAGUAAAUACAUGGAAUCGUUGCUCGACCCUAUCUUCGCCUGUGGGCUUAGCAAAUCCCUUACCCAGGCUCUUGUCGACAUGGCACACUACAUCCCACCCAUAAGGGCCACUAUCCAAGAAAAGUUGCUGGACAUGCUUAGCAUCGUCUUAUGUGGAACCCCUUUCAGACCUCUAGGGUGCCCAGAGAGUCGGCUACCUCCUAUACCCUCGUUUGCAAAGGAUUUUGGCUCCUUGCCCCAAGACCGUAGUGAUGGCGAAAUAGCCCUCGCGUUGCACACACUUGGAAGCUUUGAUUUCUCCGGUCAUGUUUUGAACGAAUUUGUUCGUGACGUGGCGAUAAAAUUCGUUGACAACGAUAGCCCCGAAAUCAGAAAAGCCUCCGCUUUAACUUGCUGUCAGCUUUUUGUACAUGAUCCUAUCAUUAACCAGACAAGCGCCCACUCGAUACAAGUGGUUAGCGAGGUUAUCGAUAAGCUAUUAUCUGUCGGAGUUGGCGACCCCGACCCUGACAUCAGAAGAAAUGUGCUAUUCUCCCUGGAUAAGAAAUUUGACCGUCACUUAGCCAAACCAGAGAAUGUUCGAUGCUUGUUCCUUGCGGUUAAUGAUGAAAUGUUUCCGGUUCGGGAGGCGGCCAUAAGUAUCAUCGGUCGCCUGUCGAGCGUCAAUCCCGCUUAUGUUUUCCCACCUUUGAGAAAACUCCUUGUCAACCUGCUGACUGGCCUCAGUUUUGCUACCACCUCUCGGCAAAAAGAGGAAAGUGCUCAAUUGAUCAGCCUCUUCGUAUCCAACGCUACCAAACUUAUUCGUUCUUAUGUUGACCCAAUUGUCACAACACUAUUGCCUAAAACAUCGGAUGGAAACGCUGCGGUAGAAGCCACAACCCUCAAAGCCAUUGGAGAGCUGGCAACAAUAGGUGGUGAAGAUAUGAAACAAUAUCUCCCCCAACUCAUGCCAAUCAUCCUGGAUUCCUUGCAGGAUCUCUCUUCUCAAGCUAAGAGAGAAGCUGCCCUAAAAACUCUUGGUCAGCUGGCAAGUAACGCAGGAUAUGUUAUUGAACCCUACAAGGAGUACCCACAACUUCUAUCCAUUCUCAUCAACAUAAUCAAGACAGAGCAAACGGGAGGUUUGCGGAAAGAAACCAUCAAACUCAUUGGAAUAUUAGGGGCCCUCGACCCUUAUAAAGAUCAGCAAAUAAGUGAAACGUCUCCUGAUGUCCAUUAUAUCAAUGAAGUUCAAGCCGUUUCCGACGUUUCUCUUAUUAUGCAGGGCCUCACACCCUCUAACGAAGAGUACUAUCCCACCGUUGUCAUUAAUACUCUUCUCCACAAUAUUUUACGGGAAAGCUCUCUUGCUCAGUAUCAUUCUGCUGUGAUCGAUGCAAUUGUCACAAUGUUCAAAACUCUUGGUCUCAAAUGUGUUCCAUUCUUGGGGCAAAUUAUACCCGCGUUCAUAUCCGUCAUCAGGAGCACACCUGUCAGCCGACUAGAAACAUAUUUCAACCAGUUGGCUAUUUUGGUGACAAUUGUCAAGCAACAUAUCCGUGCCUUUCUUCCAGAAAUAAUCGAGGUCAUUCGCGACUAUUGGGGAUCUCCGUACCCUGUGCAAUGUACAAUAUUAUCACUGGUGGAGGCAGUCGCCAAGUCAUUAGAGGGCGAAUUUAAAAAAUACCUAGCUGCACUUGUACCCUUGAUGCUGGAUACUGUUGAAAAAGAUAAUUCUGUCCGGCGACAGCCCUCUGAGAGAAUUCUUCACACCUUCUUGAUAUUUGGGUCAAGUGCUGAGGAAUACAUGCAUCGUAUUGUCCCAGCCAUCGUCAAAGUCUUCGACAAGACCCAGAAUCCCCCUAACAUUCGAAAAUGUGCCAUUGAAACAUUGGCGAAGCUCUCAAGGCAGGUCAAUGUAUCCGACUUCUCGUCACUUAUGAUACAUCCGCUUUCGAGGGUCAUAAAUAAUGCCGAGAAGCCAUUGCGACAAACUGCAUUAGAUUGCAUUUGCACUCUCAUAUUCCAACUUGGCCAGGAUUUUAACAAUUAUGUUCCACUCAUCAACAAAGUUCUCAAGUUCAAUCAGAUCCACCAUCACAACUACCACAUCCUUGUUUCAAAACUACAGAAAGGAGACCCGUUGCCGCAGGACCUCAACCCCAAUGAACACCAUAGCAACCUGGUGGAAGACUCAGCCUUUGCGGAUGUUGACCAGAAGAAGAUAUUCGUUAACCAACAACAUCUUAAAAACGCCUGGGAUGCCACCCAAAAAUCUACUCGCGAGGACUGGCAGGAGUGGAUCCGACGUUUCAGUGUUGAGUUACUAAAAGAGUCCCCGUCCCAUGCUCUUCGCGCUUGUGCAAGUUUAGCUGGUAUUUAUCAACCACUUGCUAAAGAUCUUUUUAAUGCCGCCUUCGUUUCCUGCUGGACAGAACUGUACCAUCAGUACCAGGAAGAAUUAGUUCAUUCAAUUGACUUGGCUCUUACUUCUCAGAAUAUCCCCCCUGAAAUUCUACAAAUACUCCUCAACUUAGCUGAGUUUAUGGAACAUGAUGACAAAGCUCUACCAAUUGAUAUCCGGACGCUUGGAAAAUACGCUGGUAAAUGCCACGCCUUUGCAAAAGCACUGCAUUACAAAGAACUCGAGUUUGAGCAAGACCAAAACUCUGGAGCCGUGGAGGCUUUAAUCAGCAUUAAUAACCAUCUUCAGCAGUCUGAUGCUGCAAUUGGUAUUCUUCGCAAAGCGCAGGCGUAUCGAGAUGUAGAGUUGAAGGAGACCUGGUUUGUGAAGCUUCAGCGAUGGGAAGAAGCUUUAGCUGCUUAUAAGAGACGAGAAUUAAUAGAUCCUGACUCCUUCGAAGUUACAAUGGGCAAGAUGCGAUGCCUUCAUGCCCUUGGAGAAUGGAAAAUGCUUUCAGACCUUGCCCAGGAGAAGUGGAAUCAAGCUUCAAACGAGCACCGUAAAGCAAUUGCGCCACUUGCUGCGGCUGCUGCAUGGGGAAGAGGUCAAUGGGAGCUUAUGGAUUCAUACAUUGGAGUUAUGAAAGAGCAAUCACCAGAUCGUUCAUUCUUUGGAGCAAUUCUCUCGCUUCAUCGCAAUCAAUUCGAAGAAGCAUCGGCUCUCAUUGAAAAGGCUAGAAACGGCCUAGACACCGAACUCUCUGCUUUGCUGGGCGAGUCAUACAACAGAGCUUAUAAUGUUGUUGUUCGUGUCCAGAUGCUUGCUGAGUUGGAGGAGAUCAUAACGUAUAAACGAAGUGUGGAUGAUCCUGAGAAGCAAGAGGCAAUGAGAAUAACAUGGAACAAGCGACUUCUCGGCUGCCAGCAGAAUGUUGAAGUGUGGCAACGCAUGCUCAAAGUCAGGGCUCUUGUUAUCACACCUCGUGAGAAUCUUGAUAUGUGGAUCAAAUUCGUCAACCUCUGCCGCAAAUCAAACCGAAUGGGACUUGCAGAACGCUCUCUCAGUGCCCUCGAAUCCGUAGAAACAUCAGAAGGUGGCAUUCCUCCAGAAGUGACGUAUGCACGUCUAAAAUUCGACUGGGCCUCAGGACGGCAGGCCGAAGCUCUCCAGGCUCUAGAAGAAUUUACUAUCGCACUCACAGAAUCAUAUGGACGAUAUAACUCAAUACUCUCUGCCCAGGAUGAGCAUACCCCAACCGAAGGUCCAUCCCUCACCAACGGCAUCACUGACUCCAAUCAUACAGACGCCGGAUACAAUAAACAACACCUUGGUGAUGCUAAUAAGAUCCGACGGCUUCUUGCAAAGAGUCAUCUUAAACAAGGUGAAUGGCAGACGGUGUUACAGCGUGGGGACUGGAGAUCUGACGGCGUCCGCGAUGUUCUAAACUCGUAUUCUGCAGCUACCCAAUACAACCGUGAUUCAUACAAGGCCUGGCAUGCAUGGGCCCUUGCAAACUUCGAAGUUGUUAACUCCCUUACAUCACAACCCGACAGAGACCCUCCCCAUCACAUUAUUCUUGAGCAUGUUAUGCCCGCUAUACGCGGAUUCUUCCGUUCAAUUGCACUCUUGUCCUCAAGUACAUUGCAAGAUGCUCUCAGACUGCUCACUCUUUGGUUUACCCAUGGCGGCGACCCUGAAGUCAAUGCCGCCGUUGUCGAAGGUUUUUCAACCGUAAGCAUCGACACCUGGCUCGAAGUUACUCCCCAGCUCAUUGCCCGCAUAAACCAACCCAACCCUCGAGUUCGUGCUGCUGUGCAUAGGUUACUAGCUGAGCUAGGCAAAGCUCAUCCCCAAGCACUCGUUUACCCAUUGGUUGUUGCCACCAAGUCUAACGUGGUCCGCCGUUCCCAGUCCGCUAUGACCAUUAUGGACAGUAUGAGAGCACAUAGCUCGCGUUUGGUCGAACAAGCUGAGGUUGUAAGUGGUGAACUAGUACGCGUUGCAGUAUUAUGGCAUGAACUAUGGUACGAUGCCUUGGAAGAAGCCUCGAGGCUUUUCUUCACAGAUCAUGAUGUUGAGGGCAUGUUGUCAACACUUGCACCGCUUCAUGAUAUGCUAGAUAAAGGCGCAGAAACUCUACGAGAGGUAUCUUUCGCUCAAGCUUUCGGCAGGGACCUAGCUGAGGCCAAGCACUUCUGCAACUUGUAUCGCGAGACUGGGGAGAUGGGAGAUCUUAACCAAGCCUGGGAUCUAUAUUAUAAUGUGUUCCGCAAGAUUUCCCGACAAGUGACACAGAUAAAAUCUCUCGACUUAAAAUACAUUUCACCCAAACUCAAGGACAUCGUUGAUCUUGAUUUGGCUAUACCUGGCACAUAUCAAAGCGGACGGCCUAUUAUCCGAAUUCAAAGCUUCGACAGUGUUGCCAUGGUAGUCCAAACAAAGAAAAAACCAAGGAAGAUGAUCAUCAGAGGAAGUGAUGGGAAAUCAUACAUGUAUGCGCUCAAAGGCCACGAAGAUAUUCGACAGGAUGAGCGAGUUAUGCAGUUGUUCGGAUUGGUAAACACACUUCUAGACAACGACAGCGAAUGUUUCAAGCGCCACUUGACGAUUCAAAGACUCCCCGCAAUCCCACUUUCACAAAACUCAGGGUUGAUUGGGUGGUGCUGCAACUCAGACACUCUACAUGCGCUCAUUAAAGAAUACCGUGAGAGCCGUCGCAUUUUGCUCAAUAUCGAACACCGAAUUAUGCUUCAAAUGGCUCCUGAUUAUGAUAACUUAACCCUCAUGCAAAAGGUGGAGGUGUUUGGAUAUGCGAUGGAUAACACUACCGGCAAAGACCUGUACCGAGUUCUAUGGUUGAAGAGUAAGAGCUCUGAAUCAUGGCUUGAACGACGCACCAACUAUACACGCUCUCUCGGAGUUAUGUCGAUGGUCGGGUAUAUUCUUGGCCUGGGUGAUCGGCAUCCGUCCAACUUACUCCUGGAUAGGAUCACUGGGAAGAUAGUUCACAUUGAUUUCGGUGAUUGUUUCGAGAUCGCAAUGCAUCGUGAGAAGUAUCCAGAGAGGGUUCCAUUCCGACUGACCCGUAUGCUCACAUUCGCAAUGGAAGUCAGCAACAUUGAGGGUAGUUUCCACAUCACUUGCGAGGCUGUCAUGCGGGUUAUACGGGAAAACAAAGAGUCUCUAAUGGCCGUUCUUGAAGCUUUCAUCCAUGAUCCCUUGAUCAAUUGGCGUCUAGGAGCACGCGAAUCUCCCGCCCGACCUUCUAUUGUGGAUCGUCACCCGCCCACUGAGGCUAACUUGGAUAAUCCUAUCCAGCCGAGUACCUUUUCCCGCCGCCGCCCAUCAAUUCUCGAUGGAGGCAUUCUCGAUGCCCAGCAAGGCAUCCCCAACGAAGGGCGUGAAGUUCAAAAUGCCCGAGCACUUCAAGUGCUUGGGCGAGUCAAGGAGAAACUGACUGGGCGCGACUUUAGAACACCCGACGAACUCAAUGUCAGCGACCAGGUCGAUAAGCUUCUAGUCCAAGCUACCAGUGUUGAAAACCUGUGUCAGCAUUAUAUUGGAUGGUGCAGCUUUUGGUAA